AUGACAGCCUCAAGCAAUGUAUCGACGGCCACCACGCCGCAAAAGUCAUUGAUACUCAAUGCCUUUGUUGAAAUGUGCAGCGGACACCAGUCUCCUGGUCUUUGGCGACACCCAGAAGAUGAAUCUCAUCGGUUUAACGACAUUGAGCAUUGGAUUGAGCUCGCUAAGCUUCUAGAGUCAGCCAAAUUCCACGGAAUCUUCAUUGCCGAUGUUCUCGGAGGCUACGAUGUCUAUAAAGGCCCGAGAAAUCUCAAUCCCGCCAUUGUAUCCGGAGCACAAUGGCCAGUCAAUGAGCCACUAGCAGUUGUCCCUGCAAUGGCAGCCGCGACGCAGAAUAUUGGGUUCGGUGUCACGGUAACUACAACGUACGAGCAGCCGUAUCAUCUGGCUCGACGGUUAUCAACUGUUGACCAUCUUACCAAGGGACGCAUCGGGUGGAACAUUGUAACUGGGUACCUGGAUUCGGCUGCCCGCAACCUAGGGCAUGCCCAGCAGCCUCAACACGAUGACCGGUAUGCGGUUGCCGAGGAGUAUGUCAAGGUGACCUACAAAUUAUGGGAAUCAAGUUGGAGGUCAGAUGCCGUAGUUCUCGACAAGGAGCGAGGCAUAUACACUGACCCGGCCCGUGUCCGCGAGAUCAAUCAUGUUGGCAAGUACUUCAACGUACCAGGACCGCACAUCUGCCAGCCGAGCCCCCAGCGAACUCCGGUCAUCCUCCAAGCGGGGACCUCGAAAGCAGGAAAAGCAUUUGCCGCGCAGCACGCAGAGGCGAUAUUCGUUGCCGGACAUAGUCCAUCUGUGGUCGCAAAGAAUGUUGCAGAUAUCCGAGACCUGGCCAAAACGGAGUUCGGGCGGGACCCCCAGAGUAUCAAGUUUCUCGCUCUACUAUGUCCUGUUUUGGGCACCACGGAGGAAGAAGCUUGGGAGAAGUUCAGAUACUAUCGCAGUCUGGGCUCCAUUGAUGGAGCUCUGGCCUUGUUUGGUGGAUGGACUGGGAUUAAUCUUGAUACAUAUGCAGAUGACCAAGAGUUGCGGCAGGUCGAGAGCAACGCAAUCAGAUCUGCAGUCGAAGGCUGGUCAAAGGCGACCCCGGAGGUAGCAAAGUGGACCAAGGCUACUGUUGGUCAGCACAUCACCGUGGGAGGACUGGGAGCAACGCCAGUCGGUACACCUCAACAGGUGGCAGAUCAAAUGGAGCGCUGGGUACGGGAAGCCGAUGUAGAUGGGUUCAACCUGGCCUAUGCAGUGAAGCCAGGUUCAUUCAAGGACAUAAUCGACCUUCUCAUCCCUGAAUUGCGGAAACGUGGACUGUUCUGGGAUGAUUAUGCUGCACCAAAAGGCACCUAUCGUGAAAACAUCUUCUCAAAGCCCGGCCAGACUGGCCCUCUUCCGGAUCACCCGGCCGCCAAAUAUCGGUGGAAUGCAGGUGUCGACGCUGCUGACCACGAGAUUCCGAACAACUAUUCGAUGCAAUAUAUCAAAAACUCCGCCCAUUAG